AUGAAUUCGUUAGGGGCUGCCACCGUCAACGACCCCACGCUCCAGAUUCCGGCGACCUUCGGUGGCUUGAAAAGCGCUUCCAAUUAUCUUCUCCUGGCUAAGCGCCCGCCGGCUUUCCGCGCCGCCGCCGCUCCUCCUCCAGCAUCCUCCUCUGUCAUCAGAGCUGUCUCCACGCCUGUGAAGCCGGAUACAGCUGUUGAGCAAAAACGAAGCAAGGUCGAGAUCUUCAAAGAAAACAGCAACUUCAUAAGAUACCCUCUAAACGAGGAGCUAUUAACUGAUUCCCCCAACGUAAACGAGGCUGCAACACAAUUAAUCAAGUUCCAUGGCAGCUAUCAGCAGUACAACAGAGAUGAGCGUGGGACCAGGUCUUACUCUUUCAUGCUCCGCACCAAAAACCCUUGUGGAAAGGUCUCGAACAAGCUCUACCUCGUCAUGGAUGACCUAGCCGAUCAAUUUGGGAUCAAAACCCUUCGUUUGACGACCAGACAGACCUUUCAGCUCCACGGAGUUCUGAAAAAGGAUCUCAAGACCGUAAUGAGUGCCAUCAUCAAAAGCAUGGGGUCCACACUCGGCGCAUGUGGGGAUCUGAACAGGAACGUUCUUGCCCCAGCUGCUCCAUUUUACCAAAAGGAUUAUUUGUUUGCACAAAAGACUGCAGAAAAUAUUGCUGCGCUUUUGACUCCUCAGUCAGGCUUUUACUAUGAUAUGUGGGUGGAUGGGGAAAAGUUCAUGACUGCUGAGCCUCCAGAGGUGGUGAAGGCCCGAAAUGAUAAUUCACACGGCACAAAUUUCCCAGACUCGCCUGAGCCCAUCUACGGAACUCAGUUCUUGCCGAGGAAGUUUAAAAUUGCAGUGACUGUGCCGACGGACAACUCGGUGGACCUUUUUACCAAUGAUAUUGGUGUGGUUGUUGUCUCUGAUGCUGAUGGAGAGCCACAGGGGUUUAACUUAUACGUAGGUGGUGGGAUGGGAAGAACGCAUAGGCAAGAGAGCACCUUCGCUCGGCUGGCAGAGCCUUUAGGAUACGUGCCGAAAGAGGAUAUUUUAUAUGCAGUGAAGGCCAUCGUAGUUACACAAAGAGAAAAUGGUAGAAGGGAUGAUCGAAAGUACAGCAGGAUGAAAUAUUUAAUCAGCUCAUGGGGAAUUGAAAAGUUCAGAAAUGUUGUUGAACAGUACUACGGAAAGAAAUUCGAACCUUGCCACGAGUUGCCUGAGUGGGAAUUCAAAAGCUACUUGGGAUGGCACCAGCAGGGUGAUGGUGGAUUAUUUUGUGGCCUCCAUAUUGACAGUGGUCGAAUCAAAGGGGUAAUGAAAAAGACUUUAAGGGAAGUAAUUGAAAAGUACAACUUGAAUGUUCGUAUUACACCAAACCAGAACAUUAUCUUGUGCGAUGUCAAACAAGCAUGGAGACGCCCCAUCACUACCGCUCUUGCUCAGGGUGGUCUCCUGCAACCAAGGUAUGUAGAUCCUCUUAACGUGACAGCUAUGGCUUGCCCAGCCAUGCCACUCUGCCCUUUGGCCAUAACAGAAGCUGAGCGUGGAAUACCCGACAUCCUUAAGCGGGUCCGGGCUGUAUUUGAGAAGGUUGGUCUCAAGUAUAAUGAAUCUGUGGUUAUAAGGAUAACUGGUUGCCCGAAUGGUUGUGCUAGGCCAUACAUGGCUGAGCUUGGCCUUGUUGGUGAUGGUCCAAAUAGUUAUCAGAUUUGGCUUGGAGGGACGCCCAACCAAACUAUACUGGCUAGAGUUUUCAAGGAUAAGGUUAAAAUUCAAGAUCUCGAGAAGGUUCUGGAACCUUUGUUUUAUCACUGGAAGAGCAAACGGCUUUCUAAAGAAUCAUUCGGCGACUUCGCAAACCGUGUGGGCAAUGAGAAACUCCUAGAAUUGGUGAACAAGUGGGAAGGUAUACCAGUUAAUGCAUCAAACUACAACCUAAAGCUUUUCUCUGACAAAGAAACUUACGAAGCGAUGUACGCCCUAGCCAAGCGCCAGGACAAGACUGUCUAUCAGCUUUCCAUGGAGGUAAUACGCAAUUAUGUGGCCUCCCAGGAAAAUAGUAAAAUCGAGUGA